AUGUCAGUUGAACAAAUUUCUACUUCUAGUAAAAGUACUGCAGAAUUGCUUAAAGAUAUUGAAGCAAUCUCUAACAGAAUAAGCUAUGUCAAAAUAAAUAGCAUUUUGGUAUCUUUUGUUGAACAGUUGAAUGCAGAAUAUUCUUUAUUACAAAAAGAUAUAAAGGAUCCUGUCUUUGCAAAAACAAAAGGAAGACUGAAUAGUACUAAAUACGAGAAGACUA